UUUUUUUUUUUUUUUUGCAGGGUUAGGGAAUGUUUGAAAUCCAAAGCGGAGUCCUUGCUUACUUGGCCCUCACUUAUAUAAUUUAAGAUUUAAAUAUACAAAUAUGAAUGGCUACUUUAUUGUACAUUAUACUAAGUGAAUAUGAAUCUAAUGUACUGGUCAUGUGAGGCCUCUGCUUCUUAGCACUUCAGGAAUAUGCUGUGUUCAUAUUUGUGUUGCAUUAAUUUAAUUAAAUGCAAACCAUGGCAUUUACAAAUGUUUAAAUUGAUAACGAACCAGGAGUGUGUUGAUAUACAGCGGGUUGCAUUGAGCCACCUUAAUCUGCAUGGAUAUGUUUUCUUAUUUCCAAUGUGUAUGUGUAUGUUUCUCUAUCAUGUAUUACAGAACUUAUUUCCUCAGCAAUUAAGGCUAAGGGGUCCCUCCAGGCCCCGAUUGCCACCUCAUCACCCACUUCUCUCUUUUGCUGAAGAAACUGGAACUGAGAAGUGGAAUACAGGAGCGAGUGCAGGGAAAUUUCCUCCAUAUGGGUUCUUACGGAUAGGUAUUUAUGUGCUCGGACUUGUGUGGAUGUACUUUUUUUACAGUAUAUUUAGGAAUGAUGAUGGGAGUUGUCUCAAAAGGUUGGAAUGUUUUGUUGAACCAUGCAAGGUAAGAGGAGAGUUGAUGUUUGCAUUUUUUUUUUAAAUUGGUUCAUUACUCAGGCCUGUUGCGUCUUUUUAUGGUUUUAGUGAAGAAUUAGUUGGAUUCAGUAAGGAUAUCAUGCAAGUGCACUCAUCUGUUGACCCGUAUACCACCUGGAGUGCAUCACAUGUAUGUAAUCUUGUAUGUAAUCCAAUGUUAAUUUCCCCUUGCCUUUAACCAUGUGAUUCAUUUUGCAGGUAUGAUGGACGCGGUCAUUUACACGAUCUUUCGGAAUAUGACGCAGGCUCGUGGAAUCAUGAUUACCAGCUGUCGAGGCUCUGUGUGAUGAGGAAAGGUACCUGGCCAUGCACACUGAUCUACUGGAGGAGGAAGCCAGACAAGAGGAGGAGUAUAAAAGGCUGAGUGAAGCCUUGACCGAUGAAGGCACCUAUAACGCAGUUGCCUUCCUUUACAGCGCUGACUACUAUGACCCCUCCCAGCCCACUGAAGAAGAUGAGGCCAGCAAAGAAGCAGAUCAAGAGGAGCAGGUUGUAGAGAGUGAGGAGCCAUUUGUGGCGCCCCCUGGCCUCCUCAUCCCUCUGGAUGUAGAGCUGCCUGCGACCACCAAGACGCAUGCUAUUAUUGAGCGCACCGCAAACUUUGUAUGCAAGCAGGGGGCCCAAUUUGAAAUUGUGCUGAAGGCAAAGCAGGCUGGGAACUCCCAGUUUGAUUUCCUGCGGUUUGACCACUAACUGAACCCUUACUACAAACAUAUUUUACAAGCUAUGAAGGAGGGCAGGUACACACCGGCAUCAGAGGGCAAACAGGACCAGAAACAGGAAUCAAAGUCUGACAAUUCCAACAAUGACGACGACGACGAUGAUGAUGAUGAUGAUGAUGAUGAUGAUGAUGAUGAUGAUGAUGAUGAUGAUGGAGAUGGAUACCUGCACCCGAGUUUGUUUGCAUCCAAGAAGAGCUCUCGUCUGGAGGAAAUAAUGAAGCCUCUGCAGGUCAUUGAUCCAGAUCACCCGUUAGCUGCGCUUGUUCGAAAAGUCCAACAGGAGAAUAAUGGCGCUGCAGCGAUGGCGACCAAAUCAGAAGAAGAGCAUCAGUCGUCGAUGGCAGUAGCCACACAGGCAGAAUACACAGCUGACCCAAUGUACUAUGGGUACUGUAUGCUGCCUGAUGGAACGUACUGCCUUGCCCCGCCGCCUCCUGGGAUUGAUGCCAGCCCUUAUUACACCUCGCUGGCCACUGGCAUGAUGCCGGCUCCUCCUGCAUCUAGUCCUCCUCCUCCCCCUGGCACUACACCUUUGUUGAAUCCUGUGGCUUCAAUCCCAUCAGCCCCCGCUGCAGGUCCAGUCACGGUGUCAGCUCCUGCGUCUGCUCCGCUCUCACUUUCUGGUCCGGCCACCUCUCCAACCUCCAGUUCUCGACCUCCUCAAACCGCCGUUGCACCCACGGUGCCGGCGGCUGCCGCCCCUGUCGCAGCCAUCAUCCCUCCUCCUCCCGACAUCAAGCCUGUCAUUGACAAACUAGCUGAGUAUGUGGCCAGAAACGGGGUGAAAUUUGAGAGCAGCGUGCGUGCCAAGAAUGACCCGCGGUUUGACUUCCUGCAGUCCUGGCACCAGUACAACUCAUAUUAUGAGUUCAAAAAGCACUACUUCAUGCAGAAAGAAGGCCUGAGCAUGCAGGAGGGUUCGCUGCUUUACAACAGUGGGGGGGGGGGCCGCACACCGAACUGCUCUUCUGACAAGCAGCAGAACGAGGGCAAGCUCAUUAAAGCAUCCUUUGCGCCCAUCUGCUUCGCUAUAAAGUCAAAAGAAAAUUACCUUCUGCCUCUGGAGAAGAACCGUGUGCGACUGGAUGACGACUCGGAUGAGGAUGGGAUGAAGGGGGAGGUGCAAGAGGGAGUGGAGUUGGCGAUAGGAUUGGUCGAAGCAGCCACCAGAGAGCCACUCCCCUCAACCUCCAUUGGCUGAGGAGAAGAAGCUGGUACUGUCCCAGGAAGAGCUAGAGGCCAAACAAGCCAAACAGAAGCUGGAGGACCGGUUAGCAGCCGCAGCGAGAGAGAAACUGGCCCAGGCCUCCAAAGAGUCCAAAGAGAGGCAGCUUCAGGCUGAGCGCAAGAGGAAAGCUGCCCUCUUCCUGCAGACUCUGCGAGAGCCAGAGGCUGAGAUCAAGCAUACUGAGGAAACCAAUGCUGCGCCUACGCAUCCCUCAACAAACAUCUCGUAUACCAGGCUUUGACUACCAGCCGUUGGAAAGCACACUAUCAAGGAGUGCAAACACCCAUCCUUCUCAUGUGACCACGUCUUCCUCCUUGUCUUCGUCCCGUGGGCCUGAAAGGGAUCGGGAUAGGGAUCGUGGUAGGGAUUGGGAUCGAGAACUGGACAAGAGCAAGAAGAAACAUAGGAAAGGGCUCGGUCCCGCUCGCGCUCCAGAUCCAAAUCCAAAUCCAAAACCAAGCACUUUUUGCCCAGUGCCUACAGCACCUACAGAAGAUCCAGGUCCCAGUCUCAUUCCCCCAGCCACAGAGACAGAUGAGCUCGCUCUUCGGACAGAAAGCAUGAUGAGCGAGAGAAGGUUAGCUAUGGCCCAAGCACCUUCCGCCUUGGCAGCAACCCAGCACUGGGCAGGAAGCGCUCCAGAUCAAGAUCACCUAAUGAAAAGAAGAAAAAGAAGGGUUCAAAGUCAUCGCACCAAUUCAAGGGUUCCUCCUGUUCGCCCUCGGCAUCCCCUGACAGAGGCGGAGCCAUGGCCAGAGUGUCUGCAAGCCCCUCCCCUGCCACAAGCCCCACCUCCAGCCUGAGGAGCUCCAGGGAUGGCUCUCAGGAGAAAGACAAGCAAGUGUCCUCCACUAUUCGGUGCAAAGCAAAAUCACUCAGGACCUCUGGGCGAAAGUGCGAGCAAUGCUUGCUGCCUCCAAAGGCCUUCAGCCGAACUCCUCCUGAGAGAGUUCCACCACAUCCAGACAUGAUCUAUCUCCAGCAACAUCUAGCUAGGCAGCACCAGCCUUCUAGCUAACUACUGGACUGCUGUUCGCCUGACAAGCUGCACAAUGCUGGAUGCUUUUAUCCCUUUAUGAAUGCAUGUUUGGACCUUGCGUUAGAAGUUUGUAUUUCUUCUCCAGAUUACCAUUAGGCAUGGAUAUCUCCUUUAUUUUGAAGGUGCAGGUGGAACCAAAGCAGGUAUAGAAAAAAACUAAAGCAUCAGCAGAUGGUGGAGCUUUAGUCCAGCUGUGUGUUUUAGCAGUAAAACAACAACAAGUAUUAAAGGCGUAAUUCCUUGGAUGCAACUAAAAACAUUCUUUCCUUUGUAAUAUUGUGCCUACCAGAAGGACGCCGUUAUAUCCUUCUGUGAAGGAUAAUGCUGCUUAUAUCUCUCCUAUCUCCUUUUUUCCCUCUGAGCUCUUUUCGAUACGAAGUCAUCAGCUUUCUUGGUUGUUGCUGGGUUGUUGUUUUUUUCCAAUAUGUGGCCUUCAGUUUUUCAUUUCUAAGUUUACAUGGGCCUAAUUUUGAAGCUACUUUGUAAAACCGUCAAUAAAGUUUGAAUUAUGGAACACGAGUGUGGUUGAC